CUGGCGGAGAGGAGCGGAUCGCAGGUUAGCCAUGUCAUCUGAGCCUCCUCCGCCACCACAGCCCCCGACCCAUCAGACUUCGGUGGGGCUGCUGGACACCCAGCGGGCCCGAGAUCGGUCACCGUCCCCUCUUCGGGGCAACGUGGUCCCCAGCCCACUACCCACCCGCCGGACAAGGACCUUCUCAGCGACGGUGCGGGCUUCUCAAGGUCCCGUCUACAAAGGAGUCUGCAAAUGUUUCUGUCGAUCCAAGGGCCAUGGCUUCAUUACCCCGGCCGAUGGCGGCCCUGACAUCUUCCUGCACAUUUCCGACGUGGAAGGGGAGUACGUCCCCGUGGAAGGCGACGAGGUCACCUAUAAGAUGUGCUCCAUCCCCCCCAAGAACGAGAAGCUGCAGGCCGUGGAGGUGGUCAUCACCCAUCUGGCCCCGGGCACCAAGCACGAGACCUGGUCCGGCCAUGUCGUCAGCUCCUAGGAGAGGCCGGAAGCACCCCUUUCUCCUGGGCUUGUGGGAGACUCUGGGGGGAGGAGGCAGGACCAAACUGGAGAUGCCGGUCUACUGCUUGAGAUGGGGCUUCAAAGGGGGGAGCCCGGUCCCUUUUGAGUAUCUCCUGGAGGAAGGGGUGUGGGGGGCAGGCAUGGGGGAGCUCUCGGCCACCAGCACAGCCUCUGACCAUUGCAACAGCCUCUCACCAUCUGAAAAGCAUUAAAAGCAUGGAAAAAGGAGGGGCGCCCGCUGGUGGCUGAGUGGAGGGUCCAACCCCAGCCCGGGGGUGGGUCAGGCGGCGCUUCCCCAACCCAUAGAGUCCUUUGUGCCCCUGGACUGGAGACUUAGAAUCCCCAGGCCCAGUCCGCGCUGGGGUUGACCGGGGCCCUGCACGUUUCCCACGAUGCAUUCUUACCCAUGUGGCCACCCUUCUUGUGUCCGUGGCUCCAGGCCCAGACCCUUCCUUGUGGUUGGUUCUAGGGGAACUGGCUUCAUGGGGCGGCCAGGGAGCAGGGAGAGCUGGGCGGGCUCUGGUGCCUUGCAAGUGGGAGGUGACACUACUGGGCAUCAGGGGAAAAGAGUCUCUCUGGGAGCCCUGAGUACCCCCCCUCCUUCCAGCUAUAACGGGCUCAGCUGUGUACUCUCCUAGGAGCCCGGUCUCCUUCCACCCUCAAGGUGAAUGAUUAUCACUUAGAAGGCAUUUCACAUCCCUGGUCCUUUAGGUGGUG